CGCCACACAGCCUACGUCAUUUAUUUGCGACAGUAGCAAUAAACAAUACCCUAAACCACAGCAGGGAUUCAGUCAGAAAUGUUUCCUUUCUGAAUGGUUGCUUUACACAUCUACCAACUCAGGCUGAGCAUUAUUUUCUAAAGAAACCCUUUUAUGACGUAAACACGACUUCGACUUUUACUUGUCUUUGACAUGUGCGACUCGCCGGAAGAUCAAACGCUCCGCGCUCGACUGCGAAAUUUGGAAGAACUGACUGAGUUUACCGAGAACUGCCAAAGACAACUAAACGAGCUAUUCGAGACGCUGGGAUGGAGACAGGACAUGUUCAGUGGCUCAGUUCAGGAGCCAAAGGAAGUGUGCCCCUAUGUCCCCAACCACAGAGUGCCUUCCAGGAGCAUGGAGAGGCACAAAGCCACCUGCCGGCUCACCCAGUUGGGCUACUCCCAUGAGGAACAGGCUGAGAUGUAUGACACCUCUGUGUGUUAUGAGGACACUAAUGUUACUAGCUUCACAAUGGAUAAACACACACAGCGACAGGUGAUUCUUGAAGCAAGAGCAAAUGCACCCCCGAUAAGGACAGAGGGACUGUACAGCCAAAGUGACUAUUCAACGGACCCUUCAGAAGUUCCUCAGAACUACAAGCGAGCUACAUGUGACCUUACUGUGGCAGACCGCUUGGCUCUGUUCGAAUAUGUGACAAGAGAGGCCAGCCAACAGAAGGAUCAAGCCGGAGCAACUAACAAUGAGGACCUCUAUGUUGAUUUGGUGGCCAAGCUCAAAAAGGAUAAUGAUCAAAAGGAGCCCAAAUCUCACCUGGAGCUGAUGGCUGAGAUGAGGGACUACAAGAGACGACGGCAAUCCUAUAGGGCCAAGAAUGUCCAUAUCACCAAGAAGUCCUACACUGAGGUGAUUCGCGAGGUGAUCAGUGUCCACUCUGCUGAGCUGUCUAGUCAAUGGAAAGAGGAGAGGGAGGAUUUGGUUAAAGAGUCCAGACACGGCUCUCAAAGGAGGUCUGAGAACCGGCGCUCUGCGUCCGCGGAGUCCCACCACUCUCAGGUGAACUCAGGGGACAGACACAGCUCCCACCACAAAGUCCAGCGAAGCCCGGAGCGACACAAGGACCCCAGCGUAGAGAAAAGUCAGGACCCCAGUCGAGAGAAGGAGACCAAGAAGAAGAGAAAGAGGGAUUCCCGCUCGCCGGAUGACAAACACGAUCGAAAGAAGAAAAAGAAGAAGAAAAAGGACGAGAAAAGGGAUGGGAAGUGAUUUUCAGUUUAACACCUUGAUGGGUCCUAGGUGCUCUAGGUACCAGUGCAGGGCUUCUAACCCAUUAUGCAUGUGUAGGUUGCAGUUUGAUUCACAGAUGUCUUUUCUUAAAGUAUCGAUAAUGAUAGUUAAGUAACAUUGCAGCUUUAAACGUUUGUCUCACUGAGAGGAUAUAAAAUGCCUGUUGUUAGAUUAUAGGAUGUUUAAUAAGCUGUUAAACCUCAGAUUUAUGUCCAAAGUAUGGGAAGAUUUCACUCUAAAACGUCAUGAUAACCUGGUUAUAUGUUGCUAAUGUACAACUGAACUGGCGUUUCACAGCAGCCCUGCAAAAUUGAGGAAGCUUCCAUUCACAGAGGAAUCAGUCGGCCAUGCCGAGAUUAGCUUUUUGUUUGGCUAUGUUAACGAUGUGUGUUAGCUAGGAAGCUGAGUGGCAUCCAAUGUCGGGGGCGUUCCUGAACAUAAAGUUCCACAGAUUGAUGUUUGCCAUUGGUCUGUUUUUUGUUGUCAAGUGUGCGUUUAUGAAGAAAGAAUUACAGGGUCAAUGAAGAUGAUGUCGGUAAGUGCUUCCAUAUGGCGACCUCUUGCUAUGUAUUAAGGGUAGGUAACGUGUUUACAGAAAUCGCUUAUCUACAAUAUUUAUUUAAAUCUGAGACUUGAAUAGCUUGCUAGUUACAGAACACAGAAGCCAUGACAUAAAUCUAAGUUUUAACUUUAUAUUAAGUAACACCCCUGACUUGCGCUCUGCAAAUGUUCCAUAUUGAACCCAUCAGCACCCCUGCCUCCACCUAUUCUGUUUCCUUUUCAUGAGGGCGUUCGGUCCUCAUUGCUCUUUUUCUGUGGGGAUCGCUAUGAAUGAUAUUAUGGUGUUGAUAGAUCCUAAUGCCAAGACCUGUAUGAAUUAUUGUUGUGCAUGUCCUAAUAAAUGGCUACAUUUAAAUGUAGCAUUUUCUGUC